AUGGAAUCUCCUAUUCCUUCUAUCAAAGCUUAUUGGGACAUCAUCAAAAAGGAUUUCUGGAAUGCUAUCAACAAAUUCCUUGAGACGGGUUGUAUGGAUCCAAAUUGGAAAGAGACACUAAUUGUUCUCAUUCCCAAGUUGAGUAACCCGUUAGUGCCUUCAAAUUUCAGACCAAUUAGUCUAUGCAAAAUAGUAUACAAGGUGGCGACAAAGGUUAUCAUGAACAGGUUGUCUUCAAUUAUCCCCAAAUUGAUUUCUGAAGAGCAAGCAGCUUUUUUUGAAGGGAUAUCAUUAUCAGAUCAUGUGUUGGUAGCUCAAGAACUCACUCACAAACUCAGAUUUUCUAAAUCUUCAAAAGGAUUUAUUUCACUCAAAAAUGAUAUAGAGCAAGCCUAUGAUUCCAUGGGUUGGCCUACUUCGGAGAAAGCUUUGGAGUAUUUUGGUUUUUCAUCAAAGUUUUCAAAACUUAUUUUGGAAUGUGUUCAAGAACCAAAAUUCUCAAUUUUGAUCAAUGGCAACUAUUCUAGUUGGAUUAAUGCUAGAAGUGGCUUUUGA